GACAGUUUCAAUUUUCCAACCCGGUAUAAUAUUAGUCCGAAAACAGAUGGCUGAAAUAUUCUCAUCGUGAUUUAAAUACUUUAUCUUCUAUCAAAUUAGUUGAGUAUAAUGUGUCGCCAUGAUAAGUCAGCUCAAACUCAUAACGUUCGACGUUACUGGAACAUUAGUAAAAUUUAGAAAACCACCUUUCCAAGUUUAUUUAGAUUUUGGGCACAAAUAUGGAAUUGACGUUGACCCAGACGAGCUGAGCAAAUCGUUCAAGAAUCAAUGGAAAUUGAUGAAUGUUUCCCAGCAACAUUUUGGCACUUGUUGGGAAACAUGGUGGAAAAAAUUUGUUAUAGAGACUUUUAAGGGCACUACCGGCCUGAGUAGGAAUGAUGAUCAGAAAUUAGCCAGUUUAGCUGAAGAGUUGGUCCAUCAUUUUGGAACUGAUAAGUGUUGGGAGCUAAGUCCUGGAGCAGAAAAUAUGCUACAAAAGAUACAAGAGUACAAUAAUUCAUCUCAAGCAGUACACAAUCGUCUUGGCAUUGGAGUUAUCUCAAAUUUUGACCCACGAAUACGCAGCAUUCUUCAAGCUUUGAAAAUAUCUCAUCAUUUCAAUUUCCUUGCCCUCUCUCAUGAGUUGCAGAUGAGCAAGCCAAACCCAGCCUUGUUCAAUUUUGCGUACCAACAACAUUUUAAAAACGCUGACAAUUCUCUGCACGAGUAUUGUCUUCAUGUUGGGGACAAUUACGAGUUUGACUAUGCCGGGGCAACCACCGUUGGAUGGAAGGCGGCUCUAAUAAUGUCUUCCAAACAACAGGAGAAAGACUUAUCAAUGCUAAAUGUGCCUGAGAAUACCAUUUUCACGUCCCUACAAGAGUUUAGUGACCAUUUAUUAAUACGCGGAUGAGUAGAUUUACAUAGUCUAGUCAGUGCUUAAUUUAUUUGUGACCAUGAAAUAACCAAGUUCUUAACCUCUUCUUUUACAUGGGAAUAAUAAAUUUGUAUUUAUUCUGUUGAAUGACCUUUCUAGACAUCA